UUCAAAAACCGCCGCACGCCGCGCCCCUAACAGAGGACAGCCAAUCACGUUACGUAACGUAGGAGAGGGCGGGGCUUAUGCCGGUCCGUUCACACUGAGGUGCGCAUAAGGACACGCCCUUUCUCCCCAAGAGUGCACCCCAGUCCUGUUUCCUCUCUUCACGGGUUCAGAGUGUCAAGAGGAGUAACUAACAGCGAGAUGCAGCCUGCGCCGAGCAGAACUCUCCCCACUGUAAGCAGAGUAAAAUUGUCAUGUCAUUGGAUAUAGGAGACAUCUAAGAAGGAGAUAUCUUUGAAGUUACAGAAUUCAUCUAAAAAACCAAAACGAGGUUCUUGACCAGGAUUGGUGUUGGGUUUGGUGUCCUGUAUGCUCAGAGAUUUAUGGUCUGCAUUAUGUGUGGAGCCAGCAGUAAGCUCGCUCUUCUCUUCGGCUGGUACUUGCUUGCCCUGGGAGUCUGCGUGGAGGAGCACUGUGCAGCUGACCCUCACAAAGCUGACUAUUACAUGGCUGCUGUGUACGAGCACCAGGCAGUCUUGAGUCCGAACCCGCUCGCUCUCACCAACCGCAAGCAGGCCUUGGAGCUAAUGAGCCAGAACCUGGACAUCUACGAACAGCAAGUGAUGGCUGCAGCCCAGAAGGGUGUACAGAUUAUAGUGUUUCCAGAAGAUGGCAUUCAUGGGUUCAACUUCACAAGAACGUCCAUUUACCCAUUUUUGGACUUUAUGCCAUCUCCCCGGCUUGUCAGGUGGAACCCGUGCCUGGAGCCACACCGUUUCAGUGACACAGAGGUCCUGCAGCGCCUGAGUUGUAUGGCCCGCAAGGGGGAGAUGUUCUUGGUGGCCAAUCUUGGGACAAAGCAGCCUUGUCAUAGCAGUGACCCAGCAUGCCCACGUGACGGGAGGUACCAGUUUAACACCAACGUUGUGUUCAGCAGCAAUGGAACCCUUGUGGACCGCUACCGGAAACACAACCUGUACUUUGAGGCAGCUUUCGAUAGUCCUCGUAAGGUGGAUCACAUCACCUUUGACACCCCCUUUGCUGGCAAGUUCAGCAUGUUCACGUGCUUCGACAUACUGUUCUUUGAUCCCAUUGUUAGACUCCUCAGAGACUCAGACGUGAAGCAUGUCGUGUACCCGACGGCCUGGAUGAAUCAGCUCCCGCUCCUGGCAGCUAUUGAGAUUCAGAAAGCCUUUGCCGUUGCCUUUGGUGUCAACGUGCUGGCAGCUAACAUCCACCACCCAUCCCUUGGGAUGACAGGGAGUGGCAUCCAUUCCCCUCUGAAGUCCUUUUGGUACCAUGACAUGGAAAAUCCCGGAGGUCACCUCAUAAUCGCCGAGGUAGCCAGAAAUCCUCAGGGUCUUGGUACAGAGAAUGCAGUAGGCAAAAUGGAUCCGUCCCAUAGCAAAUUUUUAAAAAUUCUGUCAGGCAAUCCACAUUGUGAGAAAGAUGCUCAGGAAGUCCAUUGCGAUGAAGAUGCAGAGUGGAGCUUUCGCACGCCUCCCGUGUUUUAUUCUGAGAUGAUGUAUGACAAUUUCACCCUGGUCCCUGCCUGGGAAAAGGAGGGCUAUCUCCAAGUCUGUUCAAACAGCCUCUGCUGUCAUUUACUCUACAAGAGGCCCACUCUGACCAAAGAGCUGUACGCCCUGGGCGUCUUCGAUGGCCUUCACACUGUGCACGGCACUUACUACAUUCAGGUCUGCGCUCUGGUCAAGUGUGGGGGCCUUGGCUUCCACACCUGUGGGCAGGAGAUCACAGAGGCCUCGGGGACAUUUGAGUUCCACCUGUGGGGCAACUUCAGCACUUCCUAUAUCUUUCCAUUGUUUCUGACUUCAGGAAUGACCCUGGAAAUCCCUGACCAGCUUGGCUGGGAAAAUGACCACUAUUUCCUGAGGAAAAGUAGACUGUCCUCUGGUCUGGUGACAGCGGCUCUGUAUGGAAGGCUGUAUGACAGGAACUAGGAGAAGCUUGUGGUCUGUGGGUACACAGCCCUGCACCUCCCCAGGCCACAGGUUGAGAGUGCUGGGACACUUCUGCCAGAGUGUGGAAGCCCGCUUUUGUGGCACUAGAUCCCACCCUGGAAACUGUGGGGAGAAGUAGGAGAGGCAGGUCCCUCUUCUUCCUUUUUGAAAAAUCUUUUUGAGAUAGAGUCUCACAGGGCUGGCCUUGAACUCACUGUGAAGCCCAGGCUGGCCUCAAGCUCACCACGAACGUCCUGCCUCAGUCUCCUGAGUGCUGAGGUUGAAAGUGUGCGCCACCCCCGGCCCACCUCUUCCUUCUAAAAGUCAAUGAUCAAGACGUUUUCUGGAGUUUUCUAUUCACAUUGGUCUUCUAAGCCACAUCUUCCUCUAGUAAAUCUGAAAGUACACAAUGGGUUGUAAGAGCUGAAACAAAAAUAAAUUUCAGUUGAUGUUUUUACACAUCCACA